AUGAUCGCCGGUGACAUCAACUACGGCCCACGGCUGUACUGCUUUAUGCCGAAUCAACGUGUUCGCGAAAUGGAUUUCGCUCCGUUGAGAGAAUCUACGGAGCCUGAGCUAUGCGAUAGUGGCACAGACAGCGAAAACGAGGAAACUGAAAACAGUGUUUCCGAUGAAAGCAGCACAUAUGUGACAAAGGAGAGUAGGGAUCAGGCCGAAAUUAGAAGUGUUAGCGAAAAGAGUGAUAUGGAAACAGAUGCUACUGAUUCUGAGCCAAAGGAAACGACACGUGAAAGGGAGUUGGUGGGUCCACUCCAAGAGCAACUUCGCCAUGUUACUGCACUUUCACGUUUGACGUCUCAUUCACGAGUGGCGUUGAUUCGUGUACUUGCCGACAUUCACAAUGAUGUUGAAGCGAUUGAAGAGUUGAUGAACGAAACAAAAGACGAGGUUUACACUUCCCUUGACAAACUCAUGGAAUGGCUCAACGCAGAGGAUUCACUUCACGCCACGCAUAUGGCAAAAAUCGACAGUAUCCUUUCUCCGAUACGACAACGUUACGAUGCCUUACAACAACUGAACAUGAAAAUCACGCCACUUGCCAAAAAAGUCUCCGCCAACGACACCACCACCAACCUCUUCCGACUGAAUACUUCCAUAGCCAAGCAAGCGCUUGCUGAGAUGGACGACAUGGACACACUCAGAAAAGAACCUUCGGGCGGAUUCGAUUUUGAGUUAGGUGAACUAGUAUCAGAGCUUAUGUCUGCGAUGUCAGCAUUCCGUGAAUCACUUCUUAUGAUUGAUAGAUAUAUGUCUCGCUCUGAAGUAUGGCAGGAAUUGAAGGAAGCGAUGGUACUGGGAUCAAGUGGAAUCGAAAAAACUGUUCUGGAUGAGUAUCCUGCCACGUCUCUGAAGAAUUACCUCGACUAUUGCCCGUCAAGUUCUCUUUCAUCGGGAAUACCCUACUCAAGUCCCAUGAUGGAACAGUCAUCUCAGCCUAUAAGGGGUGUAUCGAACGAGAUCAAGUUAGAAGCGUGGACAUCAGCAUCGUCACUGACGGAGCUUCAAAGCAGUUGUAUCAGCCCAUCUGAAGUGCUAAGCGAGAAAAUGAGCUCUGGAAAAAGGACGAGCUCAAUCGCUGAGGAAUCUAGUUCUGGCGACAAAUUCAUCGUCGAUAUAUCAGGUACGGCUGACACGAUGAGCAACUAUUCAUCCUUCGAAGAAGCUGAAUUCCUAACUCCGGACACGACAGCGAUGAUCAAAAAUCAGGAUGGUCUCAGAGGAGAAGCAGCGCAAAGUCUCAGUGAUCUCCGUACAGCACUGCAGCCGAUAAAAUCAACUGAACUGCACAACUGGGCCGAUCCUUAUUCGGAAGACCUUCAUACAGCCAUUCCAAACUUGACUUUUUCAAGACAUUCAGGAGUGCUGAAAACAGCUAUCAGCUCGGAAGAUAUGCAGACUGCAAUAGAACACGUGGCUCUACCCAAGUUCGGUGGUAUUUUCGAAUUGGUAUUACCAGUGGUUUACCUUCUGAUUAGGCAAGGGCAUACGACGCCUAGCUCGGUAGAACACUUGCUUGAGCUUUCUACGAGGAUUUUUCUAGCUCUGAAAUUCUACACAGGGGCCGCCGGUGAAUGGCCGACGCUUGAGUCAGGGUUUAUCCUCCAACCGAUUUUUAUGCCGGAGUACUUCCUAGAGAAGCUGGACUUUUUUUCUAGCCUGAACUGGGCUCCUGGUGGUAAUUGA